AUAAAAAAACUUUACUUACAUUUUACAAAUUUAUGCAGAGACGCAUCGGCUCUCGCGAUAAACAGAGAGAGAAAAGACAGCAAGACCACCUGAGGCUCAGCAUAUCAUAUCCCCCAACACCACAUCUUCCAAAAUUCCCAUUUGCGCAUCUCCCAAACCCACCGCCACCAAACAACCAGCAUGAUGUGGGACGAGUGGGACGACGCCAAUUUCUCCCACACCGAACAACAGCAGCAACCCGACCCGGAUUCCCACUUGAAUUUCGAUUUCUUCUCCGACCUUUCCAAGCCCAAGGAUUACUAUAAGAUAUUGGAAGUGGAUUAUGAUGCCAACGACGACGCCAUUCGCUCCAACUACAUCCGCCUCGCCUUGAAAUGGCAUCCGGAUAAGCAAAAAGACGAGGACAGUGCCACCACCAGGUUUCAAGAGAUAAACGAGGCAUAUCAAGUUUUGAGUGAUCCAGUGAAGAGAAGAGAAUAUGACAAGCAAGGGAUGCUUUAUGUCUAUGAUUACAAUGUAACUGAGUAUCUUAAUCGCUACAAAGGUCUUAUAUUGACAUGCAAUGGCCUUGGGAUAAGGCAUUCAAUUUGGUGAGACAACACAUGCAUAGAUAUCCUUUUUGGCGUGGACGGAAAAACCUUACGGCAUGCAACGCACAUUAUUGGUGACACUGGCAUAGUUGGGGACAAGGAUUGAUGAGUUGGUUUGGUUGUAUUCUGGGGUUACUAUUAUCAUGUGCUCAUGUAUAAAAUGGAAAAUGGGGACAUCACUAUCGUUUUGUUGUGAUGUCUCAUGCCUGCCCACGUUACUCUUCUUGUAGAGUUCUAUUUGUAUAAUCUUCUUGCCCCUAUGCUUAUCCAUUAACUAAUAACUAUGAAUUGUUCAAUGGUCAAA